UUUAGAUUCAAAGGUUUCAACUUUCAACAAUACUCUUAUUUUAUUUUUGCAGAGAGGAUCGAUCUCGUCUUCAAAAUCUUGAAUUCGAAGUUCAAUUUUCUGGGUUUCUUCUGUAUAAUCUUGAUUUGAAAAAAAUGGAUAAGGAAAUUGAAUCAGCGGCAGAUCCAGGUGAUACUAACAUCAAAGGAGUUCUUGUUCAUGGAGGAAGAUAUUUUCAGUACAAUGUUUAUGGAAACUUGUUCGAAGUUUCUAAUAAGUAUGUUCCUCCUAUUCGACCUAUUGGUAGAGGAGCUUACGGUUUUGUCUGUGCUGCAGUAGAUUCGGAGACACACGAAGAGAUUGCGAUAAAGAAGAUAGGUAAAGCUUUUGACAAUAAAGUAGAUGCUAAAAGGACGUUGAGAGAGAUUAAGCUACUUCGUCAUUUGGAACACGAGAACGUUGUUGUUAUAAAAGAUAUCAUUAGACCACCAAAGAAGGAAGAUUUCGUCGAUGUUUAUAUAGUUUUUGAGUUAAUGGAUACUGAUCUUCAUCAGAUUAUUCGAUCAGACCAACCUUUGAAUGAUGAUCAUUGUCAGUACUUCUUGUAUCAGAUUCUACGAGGACUAAAAUAUAUUCAUUCAGCAAAUGUCUUACAUCGUGACCUUAAGCCGAGUAAUUUGCUUCUGAAUUCGAAUUGUGAUCUUAAGAUUACGGACUUUGGUUUGGCAAGGACGACAUCUGAAACAGAGUUUAUGACAGAGUAUGUUGUUACUCGAUGGUACCGAGCACCAGAGCUGCUUCUUAAUAGUUCAGAGUAUACAUCUGCUAUUGAUGUUUGGUCUGUUGGUUGCAUAUUUGCUGAGAUUAUGACAAGGGAACCGCUUUUCCCAGGGAAAGACUAUGUUCAUCAGCUUAAACUUAUCACCGAGUUGAUAGGAUCACCUGAUGGAGCGAGUCUAGAGUUUCUCAGAAGCGAGAACGCCAGAAAAUAUGUUAAGGAGCUACCUAAGUUCCCGAGGCAGAAGUUUUCAUCAAGAUUUCCUAGUAUGAAUUCUACAGCUAUUGAUCUACUAGAGAAAAUGCUCGUGUUUGAUCCAGCAAAACGUAUCACGGUUGAGGAAGCACUGUGUCAUCCCUAUUUAUCAGCUCUUCACGACCUUAACGAUGAGCCUGUUUGUUCCAAACAUUUCAGUUUCGAUUUUGAGGACCCGUCUUCCACUGAAGAAGAGAUUAAAGAGCUUGUGUGGCUCGAAUCUGUGAAGUUCAAUCCUCAUCCGACCAUUUAAAACAUUAUUUAAGAAGGGGCAUGCAAAUAUUAUACUAGUAUGAGAUUGAGCAAAAUUUAGUAGUUAUGUCCAUUCUUAUUACGAGGAUGCCUUAGAUAGUGUUAAUGCUCGGGUUCUGCUACAUCUCAUGUUGUUCUGUUGUUUAUGCUUUUUCAUUGGUUAAAGAAAGCUAUCUUGUAACUCAAGCAUUUGUUCUAUAAGGAUCCUUAUAAGUUAUAACACAAGAUAUUAUUUCUUACACA